AGACCACGACGAACAGAUGAUGAUUGGGACGAUGAUAUUUGUGGUGGAUGCUAACAAGGACAGGAGGUUGAGCUACAGUGAUUUAAAGAGUUACAUGGAAUUGGCUGGUUUGGAUGCUAAGGACGACGAAAUCAAGGCCAUAAUUAGAUUGGGUGGUGGCGAUUCAAACGGUUGCAUUUCGUUCGAUGGUUUGCUCAGGAUUUCAGGUGCUGAAAAAAUCGAUUCGUAUAUUAAUGCCACA